CAAAAAUCUGCUGAGAAAACAACACCACAACAGGACCAGUGUAAAUAAAAAUAUACGUUGUCAGAAUUCCACCUCUCCCCAUUUUUCUGAAACUAAAGCCUUUCACUUUAUAUAUCAGCUAGAGUAAAAUAAUCAAGAAUUUUACCACCGUAUUUAUUGUGAUGUCACGCACAUCGCCCUCUCCCAUUUAUUGCGUUUGCUGCUUUUUACCGCUCCGCCACCUCCAAGAACAUGACUUGACGCUGCUUUGGGCGGCUCGGAGCUGUAUGUAUAGUGUAUCUAUAGCCGUAGCUGCAGAAGAAAGAGAAACAAAAUCCCAUCUGUUUCUUGUGGGCCUUCCGGAAUUCUCGCCCCAGUUUUAGAAUUUCUUUCUUUUCUUGCAGACUUCAAUGGCAAAACGACAACGUUUUUUAUGACUGCUUGUUCAUCAUUUUGAAGGUGAAAAUGGUGGCCAUGGAGGUGUUCUGAGAAAAAAAAGGUGAUCUUUUAUGGUUUCUUAAUUUUCUAGCUUUAAAAACAUAGCUUUGGUUGUCUCCUCCCUUUUGGUGAAUUUUGUGUAUGAAAAUGCAGAAGCAAUAAAGAUGCAUUUUUUUUUGUGGUUACUGGUUAAAAAAAGUUGAGGACCACAUUUUUUCUCUUCUUUCCUUUUUCUUGUUUCUAAUCAAUCCCAAUAUCUAAAAGGAUGAGUUGAUGAUAUAUACAUAUAUAUAGAGAGAGAGGGAGAUAGAAAGGUUUGUGUUGAUCCAUUUGUUGUGUAUUGAUGGAUGGGCGGCGGCAUUCCGUUGAUCUUCCGAUUUCAAGAACGUUGUUUGCGCUGAGGCGAGUGAGGUCCCUCCGCGAUCCAUCCACCACUACCUCGAUGAGCAGAUUGUCUGCGUUGGUCGACACUCUGAGCUGGGAGACGAGGUUGAGCAAUGCAGCUGUAUUAGGAUUCGAGAAUGGCUUGGAUGAUGGCAACGUUUCCGGCUUGAGAAGCUCGAGUUUGAGAGAUUGUGACUUGGAAGAUGUGUUGCAGUUGCAGAGCGAGUCCUUGAGGUCUUCGUGUGCUAGGCCGAGAAGAAGACUGAGGCACGUAGAUAAGGCGUGUCGUGGCAAAUCAAAAUGUGGCAGCAGCCGGAAUAGGAAGCAUAGAGUUAGAGGUGGUGAUGUUUUGAGCUCUGCAAGUGAUGCUUCAAUGGAAGGCUUGAGUGGUGGUGGUAGGGAUAGGGAUAGGGAUAGAGCAGUCCGUCCCCUCCUCCUGUCAACGGAGGAGGAGGGGACGGGCUGCCAACAAAAUGGCGUAGGAAUCGAGCCUUGUUUGGAAACUCCAAGAAGCCUAUGCCAGAAGUUCAUGCCGAGGUCGUUUCAAGAGUUGGUGGGGCAAAAUGUGGUAGUGAGGUCUCUUGUUAGUGCAGUUUCUAGUGAGAGGAUAGCCUCUCUGUAUCUGUUUCACGGUCCACGUGGCACGGGGAAGACGUCGUCUGCAAGAGUGUUUGCGGCCGCGUUGAACUGCCUCUCUCCCGAGGUUGAGAAGCCGUGUGGCUCGUGCCGUGGCUGCGCCUCAGUCUUCUCGGGGAGGAGUAGUGAUGUGAGGGAAGUGGAAAUCAGCAAGAUCAACAAAAUCAGUAGGUUUAGAUCACUUGUUGAGGAUCUUGAUGCGCCCCCGGUUGCCUCGAGGUUUAAGGUCUACAUUGUCGACGACUGCCACUUGCUUCGGGGGGAGGCGUGGGCGGCCUUGCUCGAGCUCCCCCUCCCGGCACACGUGGUUUUCAUCGUGGUCGCCCCUGAUCUCGACGAGCUACCAAGCAGCAUCGUGUCGAAGGCAAAAUGUUGCAGUUUUCAGAUGGUGAAGGUUGCUGAUAUUGUGAGUAGGUUGCGUGGGAUAUGUGACGAGGAGGGCGUUGAGAUCGACGAGGAGGCUCUGAGCUUCAUAGCGGCUAAAGCCAACGGCUCGGUUAGGGAUGCGGAGACGACGCUCGACCAGCUGAGCCUGCUUGCGAAGAAGAUCACUAUGCCAUUGGUUUAUGAAGUUAAUGGAGUCGUCUCCGAUGGUGAAUUGCUCGAUUUGCUUUGCCUGGCGCUGUCGUCUGAUGCCUCGAACACGAUAAGAAAGGUGAGGGAGUUGAUAGCGUCUAGAAUAGAUCCUUUGCAGCUUGUAUCGCAGCUGGCCGGUCUCAUCGCCGACGUUCUUGCCGGAAAAGGCGGUGGCGAGGUUGAAAGGAAGCUUUUCCGGUUUCAUAAAUCCGGAGCUGAACUAGAGCAACUCAGGCACGCGCUAAAGAUACUCUCGGAGACGGAGAAGCAACUGAGAACGUCGAAGAAUCAGGCGACGUGGCUCACUGUCGCUCUUCUGCAGCUUAGCUCGGCCGGAGCUUCACACGACGAGGAUGCUCCGAGGCUGAGCACGAAGCCACUGCAAGCUCAAGAGGGUGAAGAGUCUCGUCGUAUGUCAACUGACGAGUGUUGGAAGCAUCCGGUGACGAGUUCUUGUGCUCAAUAUGAAGUCGAAACUUUGGAGUUGAUCUGGAUUAGAGCAACCAGGAUAUGCGAAUCCACUUCUGUCAAAAAUUUCCUUCAAAAACGAGGGAAGUUGGUGUCUUGUCGUCUAAUCCAAGGCGUGGCGAUGGCUGAUCUCGAGUUUGAUCACCCGGAUCACGUCUCUAGAGCUGAGAAGUCGUGGAAGGUGAUCGCGGGCGUGCUUCAGCGCGUCCUAGGCUACAACGUCGAGCUGAGGAUAAACCUAGCGAGCAACGCCUCGAAGUUGAGGAAGCCGUCGCUCAACUUGUUCGGUUGCUCGAGCAGAGUGCAUCUCUGUGCAGAGUGCGGCAGCAGUGCUUCGGAGUACUCUGCUCGUGGGUUCCCGGCCGGGGAUGGGUACGUGCAGACGUGUUCCCUCGACUGCGAGCCCUGUGCCCUCCACGCGUGCUGCCAUGGCAACGAGGUGGUUUCUAGCAUCCGGAGCAGCGAUGGAAAUGCUCUGAGCGUCGGGAUUAGAACGCCCCAUAAGUCGUUGCUCGAUGGCGUGGAUGGAGGGAAUCCGUCGUCGAGCAACGGGGUCGUAGAUGGGAUCGAAAAUCGAUCAAGACGAAGCGAGUCGUGGAAGUUGCUCUGUUGGAGAACUGUAACGUUUCCCUUUCGGAAGGCUCAAACCCUACUAGAGAAGAAACUAUGCUAAUGCAACCUCGGUUCGUGCUCGUGUUCGUGUUUGUGGCCGAGAUAAAUGGACAUUGACGAGUUAGAUAGAUCGUAACCACUUUUUAUGGGUACGAUCUAAAAUAAUUGAGCUCGUAUAAGUUGUUUAUGGGUGCGAUCUGAGUAGCUCGAUCGAUCGUUUUUGUAUCAUGCAACGUAGGCUCACAUAGGCAUCAAACUUUUGAUU